AUGUUGACAGUCAAAAUAGCAGGCAAUGAGACAAAUGCAAUCAACCUGCUACCACCAUCCCCUCCUCACACUCAAGCCAUCAAUGCUGGCGAAGUCAGCUUCUACACGACCCCACCCAGAUGCGAGACAAGAACAAUGGUUUGCGUAAAAAGGAAAUCACCAUCAAAUCAUAUUCUCAGGGAUGAAAUAGCAGUGGUUGUUGUCGGGGAAAGUAACGUACAAGUUGGAAAAAUCUUCUCUUUCUUAUUCACACUUGGCAUAGUUUUAACUUUGGCGAUGAGAAAAGGAAACAUGAGGAGACGACAAUAA